UACUUCCCGAAGAAGUCGCCAUUCCCAAGUCGCAACAGCAUAAAGAUCACUCCACUGCACAAGGAGAGGGCUUUAUCGAUCGUCAAUGGCGGCCCUCCGCUCCUUCCUUUCCCUCGCUCUGUUCCUCACUUCCUCCCAGCUGCUCCUCCUCUCCGGCUACGUCUCGCCAGCCUCCUCUGAUCGCGUCUUGCUCGAAGAUGGGUACACUGUGACGACGAUGAUCGACGGCCACAAGCUCGGUGUCAAUCCUCACUCGGUCCUCCCAAUGUACGGUUCGUCCGAUUUGAUCGUCCUCGACUCAGUCGGCAGUGCCUUCUACUCAGUAUCGCUUCCCAUUUCCGAAGAUAUUGUCAUCGAGCGGUGGUCAGGAGAUGGGGUUCCUGGGUACUCAGAUGGGGACAUGGCUUCCGCCCAGUUCAAUCGGCCCCGGAGCUUUGCAGUUGAUUUCAAGGGAAAUGUCUAUGUUGCCGAUACGCUUAAUCAUGCCAUUCGCAAGAUCACGAGAUCAGGUGUUAAGACGAUUGCUGGGGGUUACUCCCAGAAGACAGGCCAUGCCGAUGGACCAGGUCAGAAUGCUUCAUUUUCAAGUGAUUUUGAGCUAUCCUUCAUUCCAGAAAGCUGUUCUCUGUUGAUAUCGGAUCAUGGGAAUCAACUGGUUCGUCAGAUUCUCCUUAAGAAGGAGGACUGUGGCAAGAAUAACGGCUCUCCAUCCGUGAUGGGUACUGUUUCAAUUUGGGCUCUGGGGCUGUGCCUCUCGGGUUUCCUUGGCUUAGCCAUUGGGAUUGCAGUUCGUCCCUACAUCUUUCCUCAGACAGGAAGGCUCCAACAGCCACUCUUUCAGUGUGACAUGGAACCACUGCAUAAUCAAUCUGGGGAAGCAAGCACAGAGACAUUGCUCCGGCAUCAGAAACGAAGUUGCUAACUCGAGCCUCUUCGAGCUUCUAAGAAGGCUCGUCAUGUUGAGCAUUUCUCACCUUUCCCUCAUGUUCAGAGUCUACUGUGUACAUAAGCCUACUAGACAAGAAGAAUCUGUCUCUCUCCUCAAUCCUGACAAUACGAGUUCUGAUGAAAUAGUGAAGUCACAAUGCCCGCAGCGCUAUGAUGAUCAGUUGAAUGAACUGGUAACUUUUGACAGAAAUUUCAGCUUGCUGAAUGGGAGUGAUGAGAAUAGCGGGAAUAUCUUGCAUGAUUCAGAGGGUAAGUUAGAUUCAGAGGGUAAGUUAGAUGAUAUGAUACGGGCAAACUUAAAGGCUUUUGAAGGAACAAACAGUUUGGUUAAACGGAGAUGAAAAGCUUUUGCAGGGAUAUUUCUCUUUUGUUGUGGUCGAGUUAAGUCGAAUGUUAAGUAGUUUUCUGUGGGUUGUGUGAAGCUAGUAAGCUGAACUUCUGAACAUCUCAGCUAAUUUAUAUAUUAGUAGUUUCAUUUGCACUUACGAACUGUUAUGUAUAAUGGAUUUUCACAAGAGAUGAUAUCCUUAGUACAUUUGUUGUA